AGUAAGUGUCUGUUGCAGUGUUUGGGUGGAGCUCCUGAUAAAUGUUCCACUGUCGGUUUGAUUUGACGAGAUUAACGAGAUUAUCAGUUACCGCUCAGUUUUUAAAAACUCUAUUCUUUAUUAUUCAUUAAGCUAUAACAGACUUUGAGCUCUUUAUUCCUCACUAAAGUGGAGAAAAAACGUCAAAAACAGAAGUGAUCACGUCUUUGAGUUUGGGUACGAUUGACACAUUUUGUCAAUCAAGGUGUAGCUGUUUACCUGGCAUCAAAGACGGGGCAGAUCAGGUUUAAUAUUGACUGAAAUGGAGGCUCAUGCAGACUCUGAAGUCAAAUAAAAAGGAGUUCAUGUUAAAUUCAGUUUCUGCCUGUUGUGAUUCCUCACAGUUCCUCCUUCUCUGCAGGUGUUUUCUUCUCAGAGAUGAAGCUCAUAUCUGUGGUCUCCUUUGAGGAGGACAGCAGAGAACUGGUGGACCGUGUCUCUGUUGUCUCCCUUCAUUAGUCUCAUACUUGAGCGGCUCAUAAACAGGGUGUGUGUCUUUAAGCAGCUCAAACAGCGGAGCCUUCUCUCUGUUUGUUCAGCCUGUCAAUGAGUAAACCUUCACCAGGAAGAGCUCCUCACAUACAUCAGUCGGACCUGGGCUCACAGCUGUGCGAUACAUGGACACAGGUAGGCUCCCCAUGUUUUAUUCUAACACUUUAACACCUUAACUUUGUUGUUUUUUUGUCCUUUUGUUGAUUCAGAGGUUCAGAGUUGUCCACCUGUCAUGUUGCUGCAGUUUGAAACUUUUGCAUGUAAAUAUUAUCUUUAAUUUAUAAUCUGGGUAAUCGACAUAACAGAUUAUCUACAUGACAGAACUGCUGACGAGUUAGAAAUGUUUAGAAAUUUUGUGACUGAAAAUUAAAGGGAUGAUAUUCAGACCUUCAAACGUUCAUAUUUGACGGAGGUGAGCGUGCUACCUGAGCUGGCCUCUGACCCAAAGUGUUGUAGAAGUACUUCAGAUGAACACGUACAGGACAAAUACAUAUAUUAAUUAAUUCUGAGAUAUUUUUAGUGAAUUUUCAGACACAACAUGAGAGAAAAGUCCUACCAGCAAAAUUUUGCAUUUGUUAGAGUCACAUGGGUCAAAUCGACAAUCAUGCUGUUAUAUCCCGCUGUUAUGACAGGCGUGAGAUUUUCAGGAAGUAGAAAAAUAUAUAUAUUUAUUUUUUUAUAGCGUAUAUAUGAAACAGGAGUUGGUUAUAUCCUGUUCCAGUAGCUUUUAGUCCUCCCCCAAAAAUUGGAUUUGGACACGGUGUCUCACAUCGGGGUGUUGUUUUGACAGCAGCCGUCUUGUAUUUUUGGGGGUGAUGACUUGUGACCAUAUUUGGACAAAAGGGCGGAGCUAAGGGGCAAGAAAAGUGAUACUUCUUUUUAGCAAGUGGCAUCCAAAUUUUGCCAACUUUACGGCAGCUUUGGAUGUUGAAAAUAAAAGCAUUUUAGAAGUGCUGUAAACUGCAGUUCCUCAUGUGUCCACUUGGGGCUGGCUGAAAAACCCUGAGAGAUCUCUUCAACACCUGCGUUAAAACUUGAAUCUUUACAGCAGAAUUUUACAGGUUUACAGCCUUGUGCAAAAUAAGAGUUUUGGUCUGAGAAGUCCGUUUUUCUUCCGUGUUUCAUAUCGAAGUUUGAAGACGAACAUGUUCUGCACAAUUUAGGGCGUGGCGAACAAAAACAUGGGGAGCAUUUUUAGAGUCGACCUCUUGGAAGUUUCUUUUGAGGAGAUUUCUGCUAGUUCUGGAUCUACGCUGCUAAACGGGCUUUUAUCUACUACAUUGUGCAUCUUCAGCUGACUUUUUUUUAUUAUUAUUAUAAAACAAAUUUCUGAUAGAUCAGUAAAGAUGCUCUCAAAUCAAUAAGUCAGAGGAUAAACAAAUGUGGGGACGUGUGUGCGGCCAUCUUGGAUUAACAGUUAACAGUUGAACUUCCCUCAUCAUGUCUCCAGAUUAGGAUCCUGCCAUAACUCUGUAAAGCUCCACCACCUGGAUGUAAACAAGCACAGAUGACAGACGGUUUCUCAUAGAUGAAGUAAUAUUAGUGUAUGUUAACCUCUCAGUCAGAGCAAUAAGUAACCAGCACAUGCAUGUGGACACUAUCCCGCUAGGAGGACCGAGGGCUGGUGGUGUUAGCUCUGCUAAUGUUAGCCGCUCAUGCUUAUCAAUUUACCUUCAGACUGUUUUUCUGGAUGUUUCCUGACCUUCACAUCAGCUGAUUAGUCGGUAGGUCACUUCGGGACAUGUAGGGUGACCAAACGUCCUCUUUUGAUCAGACAUGUCCUCUUGUUGGGGGGCUGUUCGGCUUUGUCCAGGGAAGUUUAUUAAAUCCUUCAAAUGUCCAAGGUUUUGUAUGGAAGUUUUGAGUUUGUGUCGCGUGAACUUACUGAGAUAGAAGUGUGUAAAAAACCUGAAAAACUCUCAAAAUUAUCUCCGACCCGCGUAGUCAUGUCCUCUUUUUAGGGAUCCAGAAUAUGGUCACCCUAAGGACAUCCCUCUUUAUUUAGACUUGAUCGAGGACACAUAAAUCAUUCACUGUCACAAAAGUCUUUUCUGCUCUUGUUGUUUUAAGUGUUUAUAAAUGUUUUUAUAUUCCAUCUGGCUAUGAUAACAGACCUUGGUAUUUGUUGUUUUUGAACUUGUGCGCACUUUCCAACAACCCACCAGGUAAAACUUUGCUCACAACCCUUUUUCUGGAGUUUAGUAAAUUUCUCUCUUAGACAAUAUUUCAGUCUUUUUCCGAGGUGUUUUGGAUCCCAGAAUGACCUCCAUCCCGACCAAUCGUACCCCCCGAAAUUUAAAAUCAAUGAUCACUCCUCCGAUACCGAGAAAUCCCUCAAGGACACACCUUGUCCAUGUGGUUGUGAGUCUGAGGAGCCUCAUGUUUGCUCUGCUGGUCUUGUGUUUGUUUGACAGGAGGCAGUCGGGAUGAUUAAACUGCUGCUGCUUCAAAUCUUGCUGAGCUGGAACUGAAGGAACAAGGUAAACAUCUCCAACAUCUUGUUUGUCGAAGAGGAACUGACAUCAUCCGACGCAUGAGCAGCUUUCAGCUUCGUCACUGUUCCCCCGGAGUUACAUCUAUUUAUUUUGAUGCUCUAAAAGGUUUUUAGGACCCUGGAUAAGAGCGUUUGUUGAAGAUGAACGCCUCGUUCUCGUGUGUUCGUUAUCAUUUACAUAAUUGUAGAUAUUUGCAUGAUUCUCCAUCAAAGAGGCAGAAACAGGCAUGAACUUCCAGGUGUCACCGACCCUAUGAAAGACAAAUAAAAACGGCUGCUUGUUUAAACUCUACGUAUGAUCCACUAAAAUGCAAAUGCAGUUUGAAACACACUCAGCUGUUUUGUUAAGGAUAUGAUUUUGUUUUUUUUCAAGUAUUCUUUAAUUCCUCUACAUUUAGCAGCAGCAGACUGUCAGAAAAUCUAAAUUAAUUCAGUUUCAGAGGUUUUUUUUUUUUUGUCCUGUAAUCAGAAACGAGGCGAGACUUAAAAUAUUCCUGAACCAGGAAGUGAUCGGAGCGCUCUGGUGUUAAAGGGUAAUUACGGUGUUUUUUAAAGUUGUAUUGCACACUUAUCUGUCAGUCAAUCAGCCCGGCCCAAAACAAAUUUACACACAGCUGGUGUUGUCGAUGUAAAACAGUCAUAAAUAAAAACCGUGGCCAUCACCAGAAGAAGACUUAGAUGAGACAAAGAUAAGUUCAUGAUAUUUAGUCAGGAGUGAUGGGAAGAUCAGUUCUGUUGACUGUACUGAAUCUUUAGAAUCCGUUCAUUAAAAUGAUUCAUUCAAAAGAUUCGUUCACUGAAUCAGUCGGUGCUUCGGAGCCCCGUCGUGACGGGUGCAUGAUACGGGUGAGCGACACAGCGGCGCUGAUCAGGAGUUCGUUCAUUGAAGUCGUGAAUAAAGAAUCAGUCCGCUGCCCUGAAAAACUCACCUCUCUGUGUGCCGCCGACAUUCGCAUUGCGAGUGAUGCAACACAGCAGCAAAACACAAACAGACUUUCACUCUGACUGAACUGCUUUGCUACUUUGCAGGAUUCGAACCUUCAACAGGGUCAUUAAUCCUCAGAUGGUGGUCCCUCACUUUAGGGUCCUUCUCCAUCAGUGUGAAGUUCUGAGUCGAGGUUUUAGUGAUCUAUCUGAGUCCCUUUUCUGUUCCUGGUCUACAUUCAGACCUUUAAUCAGGUUUCAGGAUCUCAUGAAGAUCGUUCACAUUCCAGAUAAAUUAAUAAGUGAUUUAAAAAGUGUGACCCCUCCCUCAUAUCUCUCUCAGGUGUGUUUGUUCAUGGUUGUAUAAGUCGACCACACCAUCAGUAAAUGUAGACUGAGUCACAGUCUCCAGAUGAUGAUGAGUCCACAGCGGGGUUGUCCUCUUGCUAACAUCUCUGAUCUCUGUCUCCUUCAGUCAUCAUGGCUGCAGUCGGAGCAGAGGUCACCGGGUCACCGCUCUUCCUCUCCGCAGGAGUCGUCAGUUUCUUCAUCCUCCUCCUCCUCCUCUCCAUCUUCCUCACCGCUCUCUGCAGCGACUGCGGCAGGUCAGCUGCUUCAUCAAACAUCAACUGUGUUUGGUUUUUAAAUCAGUGAUCGAACAGAGCUUCAUUAGAGAGUCAGAGAGUGUGUCAGUACCUUUUUAUCACAGCAGAGGGCGCUGUGAGCCUUUAACCUCUCAUGUUGACUGUCAUUAAGUCUGUAUCUGAGGCUUACAGACAGGUGAGGAUUUUGCAGUUAGUGUUUCCCACACUAGAGGAUACCUGGGCUGCCUGACUUAACCUCCAAACAAAGCAGUAAAGACGCCUCGUGUCCCCCUGAGGAGUUUCCUCCAGCUGCAUGAAAAAGUGUUUUUCAGGUUGUUUCUGAAUAACGUCACUCAGUUUGUUUGUUUGUUUUUUAGACGUUCGUUUGAGCUGCGAGAGCCUGAGGACACAAACCCUUCAACCCUGAUACGAGUGGUGAGAGACCGUCUUUAAGUCUGGAGAUGUUUUUCUCUAACAGUCACAGCUCUGACAGGACUGGAUUAAACUUCUGUUGUGUUUGCUGACAGGUGAAGCUGGAGGAAGCCAUGGUGGCGAGGGAGAAUCCGAUGAUCAGUGAGAUUCAGAACGAUGAAAAAGGUGAGGGACGUCUGCAGGUUUACACAUGAAUAUUUAAAGUUCCUAACUUCCUUAAUCCUGGGGCUGACACGGUGGAAAAAAUCCUCCUUUUUUCUGAUGCCUGAUGAGGAAUUUUAUGUCAAGAGGAGCUUCUGUGAAUAUUUCCAGAAAAUUUAAAAGUUUGUCCUGAAAUUUUCUGGAAAUUUCCAGAAGUGUAAAAAGCUUCUUUAUUACCCUUUAUCUUUUUCUUUUUUUUUGUUUAAUUCUUGUAUCACUUUAGCCGUUCCCUUCCUCUGGCUUACUCCUGUACUUUUAUUUUUCACUUACAAUUUUACUUUUCUUCAUGUUUUUAGUUCUUAUUUCUUCUCUUUUACUUUCUUUUCUAAACUUCAGUCCUCUUGGUCUCAGGUUGUUGUGGUUGGGUUCCUGUGUUCGCCGGGUAUCACAGGUUCUUAUGAUGUCUUUGUUUUAAUGACGUCUCAGCUCAUGUGACACUUAUCAAAGCUUUUAUAUCUUCCAACAACUUUAAUUUUAUUUCAUUUUCUCAUUUUAAUUUGUUUUUUCAUUUUAUUUUUUUAUUUUAUUUUAUUUUUAUUUAAUUUUGUUUAAUGUAAUUUCUAUUAAUUUUAUUUUAAUUUUGUUUAAUUAAAUUUCUAUUAAUUUUAUUUUAUUCUAUUUUAUUUCAUUUCAAUUUAAUUUAAUUUAAUUUAAUUUAUUUUUAUUUUAUAAAUUAUUUUAUUUUUAUUUCAUUAUUUUAUUUUAUUAGGAUAUGUAGUCUUGGUUUUAGUCUUGUCUUGGCUCUUUUUGUUUUUCUGUUGUUUUUUCUUUCUUUGUUUUUUUUUAUCUCUUUUGUUUAAACUCUUGUUUUUAAAAGUGCUUUAUAAAUUAAGUUAUUAUUUUUUUUAUUAUUAUUAUAUGUGCGUGUUUGUGUGUGUUUUUUUAUCAGAAUUCAAACCUGCAGAGAAAGUGCCCACAGUGUCUACAGUGUCCUUCAAUGCAUUGAGGAGCCACAUGGGGGCGCCACAGAGCCACCAGGGUCAGUCUGCAGGAGUUACACACAGAUAUGUUGUGUGAUUUAGUUGUAUGUGUGGAGCAUCAUGUGCAGGUCAAUUUCUUCUGUUUCUUUUCACCAAUGUGUUAAAAUAUUUUGCUCCUCUUUAACCAACGAAACUGAGGAUGAAACCCGAGCAGGUGGAGAAGGUUGGAGCAGGUUCGACUGAUCCAUGUGUGUUUGUACAUGUGUGUGUCUGUCCUCAGAUAUUCAGACCAACGGAGGCGCUGUGAUAAUGACGGCAACGACUGACUGUGAAACUUCAGGAGGUAACUCAGUUUUCAUCUUUGACUGCUGGUUUAUUAAAUAAACUAUAAAAGCUUAUUAUAAAUAAAUGAACUGGGCCAAUAAGACUGAGGUUUGUCAGAAAGCAAGUUAUAACAAAGUCAUGUAUGAUGUUUGUGGUUAAAAGACUUUUUAUUCAGGCUCUUUUUCACAAUAGGGUCACUUUAUAACAGCAGCUAUACAGUCAGAGUCAGAAUAUGACAGAUGUGUAAAAAACAUCCAUAUAUACAGUAUAUUUAAGUGGAAAAACAAACAAAUUUCAGUCAAAUAAAACAAAAAUAUUAAAUGUGCAUGAAUUUAAAGUGUGCAAAGGUUUUGGUUCUAAAGUGCAGAAACGCCAAAUCUGUUUUUUUAUGUUUCUCUGUCUGUUUUAGAUCCAAACCCUGAUGAGGAAAUCAUGGUAGACUUCACUCCCUGGAGGAGCCACCUGAGGGCGCCACACAGCCACGGUCUGAAUUCAAUCAUUUAAAAGAUAAAUCAUUUAAAAAUUGUCUAGAAAUGAUCGCAUUUAUCCAAGACAAACUGUGAGUGAAUCAAAAGACAAACAGACCAAAAAGUUAUUAAAUCCUUUUUGUUUUUCCAAGUUUAAAAUGUCCUAAAAAUUCAUUUAUUCCAGGAGAAUAAAUAUAGUGUUAUUAAGAUAUUGGUGAAGCUUUUAUUUUGGUAAGUUUUAGAUCCUUUAAGGAGUUUUUUUUGUGCUUUUAUUGAAGAGGAUAGGAUGAUAGAUGGAGCUGGAAACUGGGAGAAGGAGUUUAAUUUAUCGUCAUUAAUCAAACUCUUUGUUUUCAGACGUGAACAACUUCACCUCUGCUAACUCCGCCAACAUCUACAACAACGGCAGAGUAGCGUCUUCGCCAUCGACCAAUCACCAGUCAGAGUUCGAGCUCGACGACGCCCUCGCUGCGGCGGAGGAUGACUGGAACGUUGACAUUAAAUCAGUUUACGCACGAAUCAGCAAGCCGGGGAGGAUGACCACGCCCACUGAACACACACCUAAGGAGGUACAGGUGACGGAGAUAAGGGGGGAGGAGUCAUCGCCACCUCUGCAGGAGAGGAGGUUAACCACAGAGGGAUAACGGUGAAGGACAAAGUGUGAAAGACUGAGAACGAAGGAGAGAGAAGGAGGAUAAACUACGAUAAUAAUCCACAAACUAGAUUUCCAAUGAUGAUGUAACAAACUCCAGAUCUAUUUCCUCUAUUUCUAAGAAGCUGCUCCUGCAAAUAUCUUCAAAAUCAGCUGAUCGAGUUCAAAUCAAAGCAGUCUCUAUUUAGUCGGCCUUAAAUUUAUUUUUACAGUAUUUAUACUUUUAUAUCACGGACAUGAGAUCGGGAUUACUGAGCGACUGUUUCUGACAAAUCUGAACUUUAGCCUCUUUUUGUUUAAAAUUUUUGAUUAAAUAAAGUUUACGUGACAAAAGUGACGACGUCUACGUCUCCAAGUGUACAGAUGAAUUCAGAGUUUGUCGAUCUGAUUUUACUCAUUGGUACAUGUGAUUGUUUACCACGUCAGUCUUUGGUUUCCAGCUCAUAAAACUCAACCUGAGGGGUGUUACUUUUUACACAGCUGUACGUUUUAAUGAAACACGCAGCUUUUGGUUCUGAGCUUCAUGAAGGUCUUUAGAGAAGAAACGGCUCCAGGGGCCUGUUCUACAAAGCAAGUUCGACCCAGCGCUCGACUUAGCGCGGUAGCCAGCGGUCUCGCUAAACGGUCUUACGACGCUGGUUAUCAACCUCGUAAGUGGAUCCAGCUUUGCUAUGAGCGGAGCCUGCCGCAUCUGACCAAUCGCGAACAUGGACCAGUCCGGAGCGUCAGAGCAGGCCGGAGAGCGAAGGUACGCGGACUUUACAAACGCUGACCAGGAGACGAUCAUGAGAGAGUAUGAAGAAUCUAAAUCUAUCAUAAACCUCAAAAGCAACACCGUCGCCGCUGCAAAAGCAAAAGGAGAAAAUUACCGACAGUCUCAACGCGGAAGUAUAGUGCGCAAAAAAUCUUUGAUGCCAUUAUCACGGAUCCUGAAAACUCUCGCGCGCCGGAGUGCUCCGCCUCGGACAAUGCGAGCACCGAGGUCUACAGGAUCCUCCAAGAACAGACAAGCUAUUUUUCGAGAGAGCUCAUUGGUCAGUGGGCGGGGUUUUAAUACUCGGUGAGUUUAAUCUGGAAGCUAACCUGCCCCGGAGCAGGUUAGCCGUUCAGCGUACGUUGCCAUGGAGACUCACCUCGCUAAAAAGUGAACCCGCGUCGUAGAACAGGAAACCCCGAACUUACCCUCGAAGUUUCCUCGCUAAGCAGUGAUCCUGCUUCGUAGAACAGGCUCCUGGUUUCAGUACCAGCUGAGACUCAAAUCCAGAUCAUACUGGUCUUUGUUUACAAGAGAGUUAUCAGUGAAGUGGCGAGGAUACACAGCCGCGACGUGACCUUUAAACACAAAAAUGAGACGCUUUUUUCAGGCUUUUUUCUUUUCAAGUAAACGUCAUAGCAACAGGUCUUGAAAUAAGCGAAGUAACUUGGAGUAAGAAAAUAUUCAAGUCUUAUUUUUGGCGCGAAACACAUCCUACGGUUUAGGACACCCUGUGAAAAAAAAGAUAAGAAAGUCUGUUUGUGGUCGGUGCAAAGAACAUCCUGAACCGUGAGGGUUUCAAGAUAAUAACAGAGUCCAAAACAUGAACAAGUCCGCGCCCACACCACCUGAUGAGACGACCCACAGGUGUGUUUUCUUAAUGACUGCCUCUAUAAUGACAGCCAACAAGUCCUCGUUCUCCUGACGUCACGCUCACAGUGGGAAACUUGUAAAUGGAAAUCAUGCAUCAUUACGGCGUUCCAGGUCAGAGGUCGGAUAAACCGCAAUAAUCUGACACACAGACUGAAGACAGAGGUGAUCAGAGAGAGAGAGAGCGACUCGUGUUGUAAGUGAAAAAAAGAGGAACUAAAGAAGUGAGGAAGUGAAGACGAGUAAUCAUGAGUUUAAAAUGAGGACACAGUGGAGGUCAAACACUUGGAAAGCAGCUAAAAAAGGAAUAAAAUUAAAGAAUCACAUAAAAUAAAGUUUAAAGUAAAAAUAUUAAAGAAAUAUCAAAUAAAAUUGAAGGUUUUUCAUUUACUUUUAAAUAUAUUUGACUUUAAGGUGUUACAGUUGAAGAAGCGACCCUGUAAACUGAGGAUUUUCCGUCUGUUACCAUGACAACCACGAAAUCAUUUAGGCUGAGAGCAGCUAGUGUGCAGGGUCGCUGUUUAAACCAGAACACCGGGGGUCUCACCUUCAUAUUUAACCCCGAUCAGGGAGCAGGAUGAGAGAUCGAACAAUUUCCUUCAAAUAAAUCAAUAAAAGUUUGAUAUUAUUGAUAAAAAUCUGAGACUAAGAGUGAAAAAAUGAAAGUAUCUGAACUCAGGCUCUCCAUCUGAGGUCUGUGUGUCUGCUCACCAAUCAUGGAGCUGUGAAAUGACCACAAACAGUCAGAUUAUUCAGGUUUAUAGGCCUUAUACAGGAAAUAUGGUCAAAUAUAUGAGACGGACACAAGAAGUCUGGUUUUAUUUUAUGAAAAGGUCAAAGUUCAACUGCUCAGUGAAUCAGAUUGAAGACAUGGCAAUGUUGUGCUCAGACUGCUGUUAUUUUCCACAGCUGUGUUUGAGAGACCUCCUCGGUGAAGAUCAGAUCUCCUCCUCAGUGAGUCACAGCAGCUCCUCACCGUCUGAAAUCCCAGCAGACUCUAGGGUCUAAAGUGGAACAUUCAUAUCAGCCAAGUAUGCAAAAGGUCAAUGAAGAGCCUCGGUAUAAUUAGUAAGGUCUGUCCCCUGAUCAAUCCCUCUGCUCAUUUGUCUUUGUACUACAGCUUUCUAUUCCCGUACAUGAACUAUUGUAACAUUGUAUGGUGUGCAACGUGUCCAACUUACCUCAAGAAAAUAUUAAUAAUCCAGAAAAGAUUCAUAAGAAUGAUAUCACGAUCCAGCAAACACGAACCUUCGGCUCCUCUCUUUUCUAAAUACUCCAUCUUACCAAUUGACAAACUCAAUGUCCUUCACUCUUGUUUAUAUGUCCACAAAUUCAUCAACAACAAACAAGCCCUUCCUGAAACUUUCCGAAACUUUUUUACCUUUUCAUCCGACCUUCAUUCGUACUCAACACGACAAAAUGGCCAUCUUCAGUUACCUUCAUGUAGAACUUCUAGUCAUCAGUCUAACAUCACUUUUAGAGGUCCGAAACUGUGGAAUAAUCUUGAUGCAUCUCUAAAAUCAAUAUCAUCCUUUAACUCCUUUAAAAUAUCAUUAAAAUCUCAUCUGAUCAUGUCUUAAAUACAUCAUUAUCUGUUAUGAUCAUAUCUCUUUCCUUUUUAUAAAUACUUUAUUUUCUUUAUCACUGUUUGCUGAUUUGUCUGUGUUCCAGUCUGUGUACUUAGUUGUCCGCACCUUAUGUUUUCUCUGACCUGACGGGAGUGGAACUCUGUAUAAGCCCAUCGGCUUCGUUCCCUCCUUGCACUGUUUUUAAUCUGUGCUAAAUAAACAAAAUACAAAUACAAAUACAAAUACUCUUGUGCACGCGUGUUUGCAUGUGUUUACAGACAUCAGGUCAAGUCUUCUGCAGCUGAAUCUGACCGUCUUCUCCUCACAAGAUUUCACUUUUACUGCAAUCAUUGAAUCAUGUGAAAGUACGUCAUCAUCAGGUCAACGACGGGCGGAUGCAAGUUUGGAAAAAUCCUGCAGCGUUUUGAAAUCGGAGGUGAGUCAGAUGAUGUUUCUGUGACACCAAGACGCCAAACUGUAACCCAGCAUGUCCUGUUUGUGAGUGAGUGCGUGCGUGCGCGUGUCUGCGUGCACGUUUGAUUUACUGACUCAAGCUUUGAGAGAAAGUUCAGCCACACGUUCGGCACGUCUGCCAGCUGACUGUGAGACUCGGGAACAUUUACAGUCUGUGGACACGGUGUACUCUCUCUCGCUCUCUCUCAGCGCGUACAGCUGUCAGGAAGAGGAGGAAACGC